AUGUUGAGUGAUGUCCUGCCACAUUUAUCAAGAUUAUCUUUGUUAUUUCAGAAGCAGAGCAUUGAUGUAACCUUACUAGAGACUGUUGUUAGUAGCACCAUAAUCACAAUCAACCAGCUACUGACUAAUGAAGGUCAACAUACACAGAAUAUAGACCAAUAUAUUGAAGAAUACUUAUCAGCACAUGACAUUGUUGUUUCUCAACAUAAAAAAGAUAAAUUCAAGUCAGAGGUUUACAGUAAAUACACAGCAGGAGUAUGUACCAACUUGGAGGAUAGAUUUCCUGAUAUUUCCCUGAUCUCUGCAUUCAGUAUAUUUGACCCAAGCACAGUAAAUGGUGUUGGUAAUGAAGAGAAAGUUGAGACAUUAGCAGAACAUUAUAAUUUAGAUGCAGAACAAACAUCAAGGGAGUAUGACCUAAUAAAAGUUGCAAUGGAGAAUACUUACCAUGACAAAUCAUAUCAAGAUAUGAUGAAAAUUAUAAUUACAAGUUAUAAAGACCUGACACCAAAUCUGUAUAAACUUGCUGCUAUUGCUUUGACAAUACCUGUUUCAACUGCUGAUUGUGAACGAGGUUUUUCUGUAGUUUCAAGAAUCAAAACAAAGCUGCGCAACCGCCUGUCAGAGAAGAUCAUCAAGAUUCUUCUGUUCAUUAGUACUGAAGGACCUGAUAUCCAGGAUUUUAAUUUCUCAGCUGCAGCUGCAAACUGGGCCAGUGCAAAAGAAAGAAGAAUACAUAUAUGA